AUCACCCCAAAAGGGCGGGGCCGGGGCUCACCCCGGAAGGACAGGUGUGCUAGGUCUCCUAGGGCUCACCCCACGACAACCAGGGUCCACGUCCUUCCAGGGAAGCCAGGCUCUGCCAUCGUCCUGGUCAGGAUCCCUCCCGGGCUUCUCUCCAGAGCCACUCAGGAUGCAGGGGGCUUCGGCCCACAGGACCCACCAGUCCCUCAGGACAAUGGGCACUCUGGCCCGGCCCAGGGUCAUCCUGCUCACCUACUUGCUGGCCGCCAUGGAGCUCACCUGCCUCUUCAUGCAGUUCUCUAUCCUGCCGUAUCUGUCCCGAAGACUGGGCCUGGACUCUGUUGCCUAUGGCUACCUGCAGACCACCUUCGGGGUGCUUCAGCUGUUGGGUGGGCCAGUGUUCGGCAGGUUUGCAGACCAGCGCGGGGCCCGGGCAGCGCUCUCUCUGUCCUUCCUGGCGGCCUCGGUGUUCUACCUGCUUCUGGCGGCCGCCUGCAGCCCGGCUCUGCCUGGCGUCCUCCUGCUCUUCGCCUCCCGGCUGCCCUCUCCAUUCAUGCACACGCUGCCAGCCGCCCAGAUGAUCAUCACUGACCUGACGGGGCCGGAGGAGCGGCCUGCGGCUCUGGGCCGGCUGGGCCUCUGCUUUGGUGUCGGCAUCAUCCUUGGCUCCCUGCUUGGCGGGACCCUGAGCACCUCGUGCGGGAUUCACUGUCCAGCCAUUGCGGCUUUCAUGGCCAACCUUCUGGGAGCCGUCAUCAGCUUCACCUGCAUCCCUGCCAAAACCAAAGAGGCCAGCGUUGAUGCCCAGGCUACCCAGCCAGGCCUACCCAAGGCCAGUGUGUUUGACUUGAAGGCCAUCACCCGCCUACUGUUGCUGCCCAGCGUCCUGCCUGUGUUCCUUGUGAAGGUGGCCUCUGGCUUCCCCUCAGGACUCUUCAUGGUCAUGUUCUCCAUCAUCUCCAUGGACUUCUUCCAGCUGGAGGCCUCCCAGGCUGGCUACCUCAUGUCCUUCUUCGGGAUCCUCCAGAUGGUGACCCAGGGCCUGGUCAUCGGGCGGCUGAGCCGACACUUCUCCGAGGAAGCACUGCUCCGAGCUAGCGUGCUUGUCUUCAUCAUGGUGGGACUGGGCAUGGUGCUGAUGUCCAACAUCCUCCACUUCUGCUUCCUGAUGCCCGGCCUGGUGUUCAGCCUCUGCUCACUCAACGUUGUCACCGACAGCAUGCUGACCAAGGCCGUCUCGGCCACAGACACAGGGACCAUGCUGGGCCUCUGUGCCUCUGUGCAGCCGCUGACCCGCACCGUGGGCCCCACUAUAGGUGGCCUUCUAUACCGAAACUUUGGUGUCCCCAUCUUCGGCCAUGUGCAGCUUGCUGUGAAUUUCCUCAUCUUCCUGUUCCUCUGGAGGAAGCCUAUGUCCCAGAAGGGGGACAAAGCUAAGUGACCAUGGUCCCUGGGCACAGAUGGGCAGUAAACUCCCUUGAGACCUCUGAGA